AUUGAAGUUCAGAUCAGGGAAUACCCUAGGUUUCGGCUUUUUCCACGGUUCCGUAACGGUAGGUUUCGGCUCCUCGCUACAUCCCUUCUGCUCCUACUAAGGAUAAGGACGCUGCUGAACCGAUAGGAUUUGCCGAGCGAGCACUACCAUAACUUCAACUUCAACUUAAACUUAACUUAACUUAUGGUAUCUGACCAGUGUUAAGCAUUAGCCAACCAGGGAAAGAAACUAAGCGACUACCUGCGCUGUCACACGGCUCCAUUUAUCGAAGAAAGGGAUCAGACUGCUGCCAUUAAGGCAAUGAAAUUGACGAGGAAGAGUAAGGAGUUUGGAAUGACAACUAGUCACUUCUUGCUGAAGAUCUGUUCAGUGAAGGAAGCUUCACUAUGAUGUGUUAAUGCCAAUGGAGGAUAUGUUGCAUGUUUGGUGUCCAAAGAAAUGAGGAUACUGGAACUAGCUUCUGGGGUCCAAGGAUACCUCCGCCUUUCACUUUCAUCUCUUGAUACCGAAAUUCGCCUAAGGUCUGGCCUUCUACUCUACUUUGAUUCAGAUUCAUUUGUCGAGAGAUAGUGGAUAGAAUGAAUAGUAGAAGUUCCGCUGUAAGCAGUUACGAAUGGGGAGGGUAUCAUUAAACCCAGUCUUCGCUUAAGACUUAUCUAGUUUUGCUCCCUACUCUCAAGUAAGUAGAAGGGGAAGGGACAAAUACCUUUACUUGGUCUAACAGUCCAAGAGCUCUCACGGUAAUUGGAUAGCUGGCUUGAACCAAGCCAAAAGGCGGCAUCACCUUGAACCAAUGAAUUCUCAGAUUACUGGCAGUAAUUCGUUCAUUUCAAUGAAAGAGCAGGUAGCUAUAAGUUUCCCCACUCUACUCUAAUAGUCUUUUUUAGAUUCAAGCUUAUUUCCUUGAGGAUCGCAACCCGAAUCUUAGGAUAGUCUACUUUCUGUUCUGAUAGUAUAGGAAUAGCAGUCACAGAGGGAGGAUCACAAAUAAGUGUAUUCUUACUAGAUGAGACAUCUUCUCUAUUCUUACUAGAAGAGACAUCUUCAGAAGAUUUCUUCCAAAAAUGCAAAAGAAUUUCUCUGUCUUCUUUCCAAAAAAAGUGAGGGGGCCCACCACACCACUUCCCUCGACCCCUUACCACGGGAGUCACUAAAGAUGAGACUGACCAUGAUAAGGGUAUGGGGCAUUGAUUGGCUUGGAGGAUUAAGGGGAAUCGGGUAGUGGAGCCAACAUAUUAGGUCGGCCACUGAGAUUUUGCCCCUUUUUCUCCACCUGCGCUGGAGGGAUUGCAGCGGGAUUCAGAUGCCGCUCUUGACUGAGCCCGGGUUUAGGGGCUACCUGGGUUUGUGCCCAACCUGGCCAAGCGCAAUUCGAGAUCGGGAUAGAGGGUAAAAGCAAUCCAUCCUUAUAGCAAGUCCUAGAGUUAAGUAAAAAGACUUCUCGGGAGUUUGGGAGUGUGACUAUAACCAGUACUCAUGUAUAAUAUAAUAUCCUCUUUCUAGUUAAAAUGAGUAUUACCUGCCUGCACAAUCAAUCUAUGGCGAUCUCGGUCUCACGCGCCAGUCCCUCUUGCUAAGCCUAAGUGUUAAGCAUAGCAUAUCUUAUAUUAACCUAUCUUAAAAGGACUUCCAGACAUUGAUUUUAGGAGAGUCAUUUUGUAGGGCCAUUCGCGAGCCAGUACCCUUAUUAGGAUAGGAAAGUAGGGACUUAUUCGAAGUUCAUAGAUAUAGUCUAUCAGGCUGGUCUCCGGGGUCGUUUCCCUAGCAGAGCAGGUUGGUUUCCGGUUCCCUACAAGCGUUCUAUAUAAGCGGUCCCUGCCAGUUACAUCAAGUUCCAUUCCAGCAAUCAAUUAGGCUAGUAUUGAUAGUUCAAGCUAAAAAUUCUGUCUUAAAAAAAAUAAUAGGUUAGCGGGACAAGGAAGAAAGUGCGAUUGUAUUAGUGUUCCGGGAAGAAAGGGAAUCCUGCGCUUCUCUAAGAAAAGAAAAAGAGAGAGUUUACACAAGUAAAGUACUAAACGAGAAAAAAAGCAUUUCUCGAGAAAAGGUCCCAUAGUCAUGAUUGGGUCGACCCAAUCAUGACUCAUCAUAUUUAUAUAUAUAGACUCCUCAUAUUUAUAUAUAUAAUAGAAAGAUGAAAGGUUUAUUUUUGUUCGGUCAGUCUGUUUCCUUUCCUCUCGAUUCACCUAAAACUUCUUUUGCCACUGACGUGAUACUGAUACAAUGAGCCAUCUCAUUCUACAUUGAGUUAGCAUCCUCACCUAACUUCCACUCCGUCUCAUUAAUUAUUUUCUCUUUAAACAUAACUUGCUUAUCCCCUUUCCAAUUCCACCACCUAAUCCUAGGCUCCCUUGCUCCUUCUCUUCCAUCUCUUAAUACUAAGAUAGAGUACUAAAAAUCUAUGUUGGGUUGCUACACUCUCUCCAGGUAUCACCCUUACAAUCCUUGAAAUACUUCUGAUCUGCUCGUCGCGUUAGGAAGAAGUAAAUCUGACUAACAUUAGAACCACUCCUAAGAGUUCCCAAGUGCGAGUCUCUAUUCCGUGUUGGCAAGUAUCAAAUCAUACGCCAUAGCAAAAAGAUACUUUUCCGCGUUAUCUCAAGAAAAAGGACGAAGAAUUAUAGAAUUGUCGUGUAUGUUACUUUGUGGGUGUGGCCAUUUUGAAUCCCAUUUCCUUUCCUAUGGUAGAGACAGUCGUUUUCCUCUUACGAAUUAAGUUAAAGACCGCUCCGCUCCCCUUCGGUCAAGAUCGAUACAAUACAGCCGAUCCGCUUUCUUCCGUCAGUAGUCGAUAUAUUUAUAUAAUUAGAUUAAUAGCAGUCCUAUAUCAGGUAUGACAAGGUUGGCAAACUGUUUUCCUAAAUUCGAAUUUAGUUCACAGCCCUUCUUCAUUAAAGUGGGCCGCAGUGGAAACGGCGAACAAUUGCUGUAAUAUAUAGUAUAGUAUAGAUACCGGAGAAACAUGCUGCUCUCCUCUUCUAUUCAAUUUUCUGUUUCUACAUAUCUUUCGAGAAGGGGGAGGUCAUUAGAGGCUCCUCUGGAGGCCAUGAAGGAUCCGUAAUUCAUUGCAAGGCAUUCUCCAAUCCCCAUAGGUGAUACAGGAGUUGAUUGAAAGGUAAGGUAGUGCAUGCCCAUCCUAGAUUUCCUAGUUCCGAUCCAGCUUCCUGCUUUCAGCAACCAGAACUGAAGCGGGGCCCAUUGAAGAACACUGUACCUUAGCCCGAGCAGCUGCUUUGUCCAAUUCUUCCUAAUCUGGGUAGGCCCAAUCUUCCUUAGCCGGAUUUAUCCUAUCUAUCUGAUCCGAGGGAUAUUCUUUUCUCUAACCCUAGAAACCCUGCUUGAAGUAUGUCCUUCGUCUUUCGACUCAGCCUCGCUAGUAAUCCGUUCUCUGUAAAAUGUAAUGAAAGUGGGUUCGCUUCUUUGCUUUUCUUUCGAUAUCUCAUCGAUCAGAGGGGUUUAUCCUAACUGGCUCCCUAACCGAAGGUUCUAAAUGUAUUUCCCUCCGAGGGCCUGGUCGAUUCAGCGUUGGAUCUUGAAAUGCAAUUCGCGAUUGAUAAGAAACAUGCCCUUCCCCUCUAAAUCGUUGUCAAGUACUGGAUUGCCAUCCUUCCUGGUUGUCCUUACUUACUAUAUGUGAUAUCUGGGAAUUCCUCCCAAGCUCUAUAACUAGAAUAUUCAUUUAUGGAGUUGCCUUUGCCAAGAAAGUUUCCUUUCUUCGAUGAACCCCGUUCGUGAUACGAUACCCUGCCUGGGCCUCACACUUCCUCGAAACCAACCCACAGAAAACCACUGGCCCUUCACUCCCUACUGUUCUUCCUUUAACCCGCAGUUCCUUCAACAAUGAAGGUUGGACUUACUGACUUGCCUCUCUGCUCAACCAACUCACCUGUUCGAGCCUGCUUUCGAAAGUGCAUCCUUUUCCUUGGGCGAGGGUGCUUCCCUUCAUCGAUAGACUUUCCUACGAGACACGAGCGAAUAUACGUACGCCAAUACCUACGAUUCCUAGCCAAUGGAAUGAAAUAGCAAUUGUUCGAAGAAUCCUCUCUGGCCACCUGAAUAAGUUGAUCAAACUCUUGGCAUACAGAUUUGAAUUCUAGUUGGUAUCGGCCUGUCAUACUCAUCCUCCCCUCGCCCAUGAAGUAUGAUAUCCGUUGUAGUGCUUCCAAUAGCAGAGCCGUGGAUCCGACAACCUUGUCUACUGUAAGGCUGGGGAUGUGAGUCUAUGCGUUCUCCACUCCAUUCUAUUGAUGCUUCUUAUUAGCUAGAUCGGGCCCAAUUGACAGACAGGUUCUGCCCUCCGAGCACUAAAUCCCUUCAUCUUGCACUGGAUAAGGGAAUCUAGUAUUGAGAAAGAAUGGUACUUCUUUUUUACGUCGUUUAUAGACGGAGGAAUGGAUACGAGUAGCAACAUCGGGAGAUGGAAGCUGACACAGGCAAGACAAAACAUGAGUCUUCAUAAGCUAGAGCUUCCGACCUUUACUAUUUACAUCAGCUCAACCUUCUUGCCCAUUUGCUUUAGCGGUUUGAUUGGCGGGUUUUCGGCCUUGCGUAGAUGGUUUGCUUGGGCUCUAGGGUCAUUCCCUUCUCAAGGCUGGCAAAGUAGGUUCUUUAUUACUCGAAAGCCGUUGCACUUUCGUUUCUUAAAAGUAAGGUAUUGGUAUACGGAUCAGUAGGAACUGUUUUGGAAGUCUACUCUAGUCUAGUACAGUGCUUUAAAGUAAAGGUAGCCAGUAGUGGUAGCCUGUAAUGGAUCGUUCAGGGAAGGGAAGAAGCGUGGCAUCAUUUAUCCUAGCUUUACAAGCUUGAUAAGUAUUGGUACAGGUAUUGUUAAUGGUUGGUUCCUUGAAGGGAAGUGCUAUCAUUAUAGCUAUCUUUUUACUAGUAAUGGAAAGGUACAGGAACCUUCCUUGAGAAGAAUGGGUUUUGGUGAAGGUGCGGGGCUGGUAUUGGUUUUUGUUGCUAGGUUUUGAAGAUGCCUUGCAGGGAAUUGGUACAGGUACAGCUUCCUUCGUAUCUGGUAUGGGUGAUUGGUAUAACCUAAUGAAAAGAGGAGUGGUUGCUACUACUUCCUUAAUAAAACCAGCUUCCUAAAUAAAACAAAUAACAACUUUAUUGUUCUUCUUCCUGCUUUCUUCUUCUUCUUCUUCCUCUAGCUCCAAUAGCAACCUGCUUCGGAUCCAGCAUCUGCUUUCUUCCUAUUUCCUAAAUCUAACAAAAACAACUUCUUCUUCAUCCUCCUACUCCUAAAUAACAACCCUGCUUCAUACCUUCCUUUUGGCCUUGCAGAGAAGUGGUAUCACUGCCUGAAAGGAUAAGAGUGUGUCUAGUUUUACAGUGUAUAGCCUAGUGCUUGAGUAGAGAGGUUUCUUUCUGCCUUUUGUACAAGAGCAGUUAAUGUAGUUGUACUGGUGCGUUCGUUUAGGCCUUGCUUGAUGGGAUGCAGGUGAUGGUGAAGUGUUCCUUGCUUUAGAAGAGUCCUAUAUAUUUUAGCUGACAAGAGCAGUUAAGUUAAGUAAAGUUAUGGUAGUGGCAGGUAAGGAUCCUUCGUUUCUGGUUUAAGCCCGGAUAAGAAAACAAGGAAGUUGGUUGAAGACUCCCUCUCUCUCAUUCUUCCGGAAUGGAAAUGCCAUUCUCGAUAGCAAGGUAGGAGACAUAGCAGCCAUAAUCACUUUCAUCAGAAAAGAGGUUUGUUUUCUUGCUUGUCGCUACAGAUCGUUUUUCCGGGCUUCAUCAGGAAGAGCACUUGCCAUUCUAAGGUUCAAUGAAGCGGGUCGAAAUAUGGCUUGCUUACUUCUACUUCCUUCCGUUCGUGUAAGCACUCAUGCUUCCACUUCACUCUCCUCUCGAAAGCCAGGCCAGGUUCUAAGUCCGGUAGGUCACUAGCAGUUCGAGAAGAAGGGUUUUGUUUGAUUCACGAGUUCACUCAACAACCGGAUUUGCCCUCGAUACCCAAGAAGAAAAAGUGGAUUUCCCUUAGGGCCACAACUAAUUAGGCAACCCUAUUUUCCCUCAGGAGAUCAGGAGAGUCGAUGGUUGAUUCGAAAAGUCCCUCUCGCCUAGUGGCUAAACUAAAGAAUCCGAUGGCACGCUUGGGAUCUAACCAGCACCAGAGAUCUCUGUUUCAAUACGCCGAUCCGAUCCUUGAAAUACGCCGAUCUACCAAACAGCUUGCUUGCUUUUAGUUGACGGGCAAACCUGAGCACUAACUAGUCCUGUUCCACUUCUGAAUCUACGUCAAAUUUCCGGAAAGCUAAUCGAUUUUAAAAAAGUGCAUCUAAAGCACCCUUUACUAAAAUCAAUGUAGUUGCAUGCAAACCUUCUGCAAUAGCAUGAUGAACCAAGAAAUCUCCGGGUUAGCAUAUAUCAAUGAUGUUUUCCAAGGGCUCAAAACGCUAGGUUCGUUCUCUCGCUCCGGUAGACUGCUUCUUCUCUCAAUUGCCAAGAAUGGUGCUGGUAGAUAGCAUGGUUUUGGUAGAAACGAUAUCUCGUACCUGCUUUGCUAUAAGUGCCUUCCCUCCCUUUUGAUUAGGGAAAUGGGAUUCAAGAUUUCGAAUAGUUCGAUGCAGAUGGGCCAGUUCUUGUCCGAAGAAGGAUGUUUGCUUUGAGGUUUCCCCUAGUUGGGGAGACCGAGAAGGCCCUAACGACAUUGCAUCUCCUGUUCUCCUGUGUUAAGAAGAAAACUUGUCCGAAAAAGCGAGAUGAUAGGAAUAGAGAUUGGAAUGAAAGUUGGACUAGUAGAUCCUUGUUCUUGUUCAAUGAAUACUUCUUUCCCAGGUGCUGUCAGAAAAAGCAAACUGGUUGGAUCCCAGUACUUAGAAACCAUUUCUCCGAAGCAGGUGCCAAACCUUCUCUUCUUCCCUUAGAAAUUGGUCCAGAAUAGGCAUUCUUCGCUUAGGGCAGGUAGGUUCUCGGGAAAACGAACUAGACCGGUAAACUAUUGCAUCUUGGCCCGAGAAAAGAAAAGAUGGAUUGGAGUGAUUGAACUAGAACCCGGGUGAGCCCUCCUAUUGAUCAGAUCUCGGUAGUGAAAUGAUAGGAAAUAUGCCAAGAAUAAUUCCAUUUCAUCUCUUGUGUGAUCAAACGGGUUGCCCAAUGUACCAAAUGCUUUCUAUAAAGUGUGGAAAUAGUCAAUGUAGGAUGGGACUCUGACCUAAAACAUAUGUGCUGGGUGUAUCUUCCCGCCGACCAAAAACUUAUGCCCAGUGCCAGACCUGAAAAUAAAGGAAAUAUAGGAAUGUGGAAAUAGGAAUGUAAGAAAAGCCAUCAAGCUAGGAACACAGAAAGCUACCACUUCUUGUAAACAAACCUAUGCUAUGAAACAAUCAAAGUAGAUCGGAUCGUAUGAGGGAUGCCUACAGGGCAAGGAUAUCAUGAUUUGAACAAGCAGGGGAAAGUCAAGAAGCAAGGUCACUAAUCUAGAUCCGGCCUGGCCGAAGGAUAAGAAAUGGAUGGCUAUCGCUUUCCUUCUUAGGUGAGGGAUUCGAGAUGUAUGCGCCCGCAUAAAGAUCUGAGAAGCUAUGAAUCUGUCGUAUAUACUAUAAUAGACGAACAAACACAUAAAGAGAAACCGGAGACUAAUGACCUAGAUCAUCAAACCUUUCUGUCCACACUCGAUCCUUAGCAAUAAGCCUACAGCUAAGAAGAUGGAAUGGUACCAAGCUCACUUAUACGCACUCCUAAAUGAAACAAACUAGACUAUCACACUAAGUUACACCUGCCCUGAGCCAUAAAUCAAUAGAAGAGUUCGGUAUUAUUUCCAUCUUUUCCAUUAGUUUCUAUGAAAUCCUGAUAUUCGUUUUUCUAUUCCACUGCGCAUAGCCCGGUUCUUUCCGCUAGCACUGGCAAUAGACCCUUAACCGGCACUGGCACUGAGUGCAUUACUUACUGAAUUACUUACUUUACUGCACUGCAUUUCCAGCUGGCCUUCCCGAGUACGAGUAUGGGUUCGUUGGAUCAUUCUAUUCUAUGUCAAUUGGAAGUUGCAUUUCAGACUCUGGAAGCCCCGUUCCUUCUCCUUUUAAGGUAAGGUAAGGUCGGCAUAAAUCCAUCAGUGGUAGGAAUCAACGAUCCAUUUCGUAAGAGAAGAAUUGGGGAAAGCACGCAGUUGGCAGUUGACAUCUUCAAUACAGAACUCUUUCUUCGCUUUCUUUUCAGGAAACUCGAAAUCUCGAACUAGAAAUCUCGUAAGAGAGGAUCAAGCUCUAGUCUCACAAUUGAGAAGUACGGCACCUUUUUGCCCAAUAAGCUAGUCUACCUUUACUGCGGCACCUCGAAGGAAUGAAUAGCCCGGCCCCUUCUCUCAGGAAUCCGUUGAUAAGGCAGUGUAGGAGUGCAAAUCCUUCUAGAGACUUUCCAGUCCAGAUUCGACGCGACGCUUAGCUUAUUAUUCUUCUGAAGAUGCAAUUCUGGAUCUCUGUACAAGCUUUCAAGAUUGGCUGGGCGUGAAGCAUCUCUAUUUCUUGUGAUUUCCUUGUCAGUUUCUCUAGCAGCCCUACCUCAAAUCCUCUUCUGUGGAAAACUAGUUCGUUCAUCUGAUGGCACCCAAUGAGUAACUACUAAUGUUAUGAAUAAAAGGCCAGUCGCAGAUUGAUCCGAUACGCCAGACCUGCUUCCGUUGUUUGACUUCCUGACUUCCUAUAGUGUAGCUUUCCCUGAGCGAGAAUACGACCCAGAAGUACCCGCCACUCUAUCUCUGAAGUGAGUUCUGUCGACACCUCACAAAGAAAGAAAAGGAGGGCUAGGCCCGAAUAGGUCUUUGAAUCCUGGCCAGAAUUGAGGGGAGCUUCGCUCUCCAUUGAGUAAGGAAAUCCAGCCUCGGGAAUGAAAGUAAUUAACUGAAAUAUCCAAUAACAUAUAAAAUAGAAAUGUUAAAGCAUAACGAAAGAGUAAGACCUCGGUCGUGCAAAUCAUGCCGAGGAGGCUUCCUUUCAACAAAAUGCAAGGAUUCUCCGGGGGAUAGCCGCUAUUAAAGAAAGCCCUGGGCUGUGGACUCAGUAUGGAAUGGAGAUAAUGUGGUAUGCUUUCCACUGUUGGCAGUUCUAGAUAAGAAAAGGUUGAGUUCGGCUGGCUCGGCUCGCUAGGAGGAUGAAGCUUCUACUCUUUGAGUGAAGUAAGUUGGAAUCUUUCAUCGUUCUUUUCCUUCUAAUGUCGGACUGAUGAAAGUCGUUUUUAUGAAGAAGCGUUGAAAUAAGAAAAAAAUGGUGGUCAAAUAGAAAAAAGAAAAAAAGAUUGAGGGCUUUUGCUGCCUAUAGGGCAGGUACUCAUUGUUUUACUUCGCUCUUCUUUUCUCGCCAAAAAGUAGAGCAAGGAAAGAAAAUGAACACGCAAGGAAAGAGGUUGGUUAUUCGAUCACUGUUCUCGGAGUCGUACACACUCCACUUAUGAGUUGAACAAAGAAAGUAAUGCUCGAAAAAAGAGAGUAAUGCAAAGUGGACAGAUCAAGUCAAACACGAGUCAAUUCCCUAAAAAAGUCUCCCAACCUGACUGGAAAAGUGGGAACCGACUUCAUCAAAAACCAUCAAGUCAAGCCCAUAUGCAUUUAAUAAUAAGGGAUGUUUCGCUAAGGAUCCAAAAAGGUUUCUUAUAAUCUGUCUAAAUAAAAUCCAACCGUCCUUUCUUUAGGAGAAUAUCGCCUAUUUCUCACUUUUGAUACCAGUUGAGUACGGCACGGCACGGCACUAUCAUGAAUCAAUGGAAAGCUUUUUUUCUGACUAGAAUUGACACGCUACUGCUAGUUGUAACGUAAACAGUGGACUCACUCACUCAAUCUGCCGUGCCAGGUAUGAAAAGAGAAGCUAGUCCGGAAGCAAGGUCAAUCAAGUGCGCCACGUCUGUCCCAGGCAAAACCACUGACUGCUAUGGCAACCUCUCUUUUGAUUCUCCUCAUUAGAUUCUACUAAUCUCAUUGGGAGCUGAUCUGAAAACUUCUAUCCUAUCUCGCUAUGGGCCAAAAGUGCAUCUCACCUAGUGGAAAAAGUUGCACUAUUUCUUGGCACAACGAUGGAUUCCAGGCAUGGCUGGCUGAAGAACGGAAAAUGCUUUGAUUAUGCAUUUCUCGAAUCUAGUCCAACACAACUGAAUUUCGCCCCUCCUUCCUACUUUACUUUCCACCGGACUCAUUCCAAGAGUCAAGAGUGAAUGGGAUUCUAUUAGGCAACGAAAUCAAGUGCUAGUCCCCUUCUCGGGAAAGCCAAUUUCCUAUUCCAAGAGUCUAGUGGUAAGUUCUAAGCUGGAAUGGGUCCGAUCCUUGCUAAUGAAUGAACUCCGUCACUACUCCUUUCCUUGGGCCAAAACCACGGAAUAUUUUCAGGAAACUAGACUCGAACUGAACCAUAGCCCGGCACCCUCGAAACGAUGGAUUGCUUUUGAGAAAACCGCAUCUCACUCAAAAGUAGCCUACCCCAUUUUCCCGAGGGAAUACGCAAAUCCGGAGUGGGAGAAGGCUAAACCCAUUUCUGUUCUGAUCCGCCAGAUCAUGUCAUGUCUUGUGUCAAAUAGAUAUUGUCGUAUGGUAUGGAGUGAGAAUCGAGAUGACUAUGGCCAGUAGAAAGAAAGAGAGAAAGAGGUAACGGCAUCUGAUUACCGCUUUUAGCAUGGAAUUUGGUACCGGAUCGUUUCGAAAACGAGUCCCUAAAGUCUGUUUUCAUUUCAAUGGCAGGCUCAAGGAGUGGAAAGUGAGUCCAUUCCUUGGUAAAAAAAAUGAAGUAAUGCUGCUUCCUUCUUAGACUUAGAGAAGGGCCCCUAUUUUUUAUUUUAGUCUAAGUAGCCUAUAGUGGUUGUUUCCACUUAAAUAAAGGGCGGGUAGGCUAGGGAGGGAAUGUUUACUUUUCUUAUUUGCGGGGAAAAGAGUUGAUGCCGCUAGCAGCUCAGCUUAGGCCGUACCUACAUGGGCUCCAGAUCCUCCCUGUCUUCCUGCAGAUUCUGAUUCCAGCUUGCCUUGAAUCCCAAACAUAACGACUACUUGAUUCGCGCCGGGCGAUUCCAGUUCCAGAGUGAUUUAGCCCGCGCCUGGGACAAGUGGUUUAGUGGACUCUUGAGAAGUAGCUUUUCGGAUCUCUGGGUACGUGUUCCACCUUUGUUUGGGCGUUGCAGAAAGAUAACCUGCUGCCAGAAGAAAUAAUGCAGAAUUGAGUGAAUAAUGCCUUUAAACCGGUACCGGUAAAGUACUCUCGCGCUUAUCUAUUUAUAGGCCCAACCUAUGAAACAAGGUUCUCUACCUGUGUAGAUACGGCAAACAAACUCUACCAAUACCAAUCCACCGGAAGAAGCCUGAACAAUCACCCAGCAAGAGCUUUAUAGGAUGUUUCCUUUCUUAGUCUUAGUCGAGGUUCUUACAACGUGGCUUGAUGCAGUGUAGAUGUUUUGGUAGUCCAGUUCAGAGAUAUGACAGGAAAAACUCCACACUAGAGACAAGAACAUAGAAGAGAAUAAAGGCAAGGGUGUGCUUCUUCUUUCUGGAGAGACUGACAAUAAGAGUAGAUUAGAUCGUGUGCUUCUCGGUGCGCCGACUACUUCACUGUUACCUACCUAUCAUUCACUAGACCGAGUAUGAGUACGGACUGACAUUCACUAGACCAAGUCAGAGUAGGGGGUUCCAUUCUUCACUACACCCAAUCUGUACCGACUCCCAUUAAUUACAGGUUACGAGUGUGGAAAGACUUCUUACUUUAUUCCAUUCACUACUGGUUAAGUAAGCAUGAACGUAGAUAAGAGAGGAGUCAAUGGAACUCUUGGCUUGUGAACAAGUGACUUCUUUCUUUUCAUAGACUACACUACAGACUAUCAAGCACUAGAAAACAACAGGCCCAGUUACGUACGAGUCAGGCAAUUGUCUACCCUCACGAAGCAAUGAGAAAAGGUAGGUGCUGAUGUGCUAGUAUAGAACAUAAGUAAGAAAGCAUCUAUUUCCCUAUAAUCACCGACGUUGGUAUUUGCCUACACCCCAUUCUAUGAAAAACUCCGCAACUCCAAAUAUUCGAUAUAAUAGGAAGGCCAUUCACUUUAAGAGGAAAUGGAGCUGCAUAGCGUUGCCUUCAGACUGGUAUUAGCAAAUGCUUUGUUGAUCUGAACCGAACAAAGACACAUCUUUGGUGCAGUUUUCCUAAAGGCGGCUCACAGGGAAGAGAUCCGUUUUGUCAAUCAGCAAAACCAGUUUUCGUAGUGAUGAAAGAAAUUUCCCUCGAUCAUGUGUUCUCGGCCCUGUGACUGGUAAGUCAGUUCAGGCAAGAGAUGAUGGCGGGUCGAUCACGAUUUAGUCUUAUUGAUAAUUGAGUAUACGUCCGCCUAAGGUAAGGUCUGGUUAGAAAUCCUUAGGAACAAGAAAGGGCACACAAUCAAAGCCAGAGGUCUUCGAACCUUGGUAUUUCGAAUCAGAUUGAUAGCUUUUUGAAUGGCAGCGGUUCCGGGACUCUAGUCUUUCGUUUACAGGUUCUACAUUAGGUUCACGAAACCUAUCUACACAGCAAGCUUCUUCAACAGGUCAUUGGACAUCACCCUCACUUCUUCUAGCAGGAAAGCGCGUUAAGAGGUAAGAUCGUACCUCAAGUCAAAGGGCCUCGUUAUAGUUGGAGGCAACACACGCUGAACAAACCUCAACUUGCCUAUUUUGUGUAACUGGUUGAAACUACGAAUUUCCAGUUCAUCUUACGAUGGUAUACGGUGACGGGCCAACCUUCUAUACUAGUGCAUUCAUAGGAGGACGAAGCAGGAAUUAGGAAGCCCUACACUUCAACCGGAGCGAACUUCACACUCGAACUUAGAUAUAGCAAAUAGAUCAAAUAGGCUCAGAGAGAUACGGGGCAUAAUCAAAGAAAAAGAACCGUUGGAGUGGCAAUACAGCUAGAUAGAUAGAUAGAAAGUCUGAUUCUAAACUCAGUCUGAUCUGUCACACCCAGCCAUAAACAACCAUUCCAGAUUCCCAAGAUGAAGUGGAAAGAAAGAGGAUGCAUUCAGGAUCUCAUACUUCGAGAGCUCAACAGCUGUUAGGAACGUCGAGUCCCGCUAAGAACUGCUAACGUCGAGGGCUUUGAUUCUUUUAUUUCCUACCCAACAUAGGCAACACUAGACUGAUCAGACUCAAAAGACUACGCCUUGUCUUUUUGUCCUAAACUCAGCCGACUCUCCAUAUUCAACUGUUUAUGCCCCCCAUAGUAAAAACCACUCACACCAGUUUUGCCUAGUAGAGUGUACGAUCAAAGUGAACUUUUUAUGCCAGCCAUAGUCAAAAGUCCUACUUUCCUUCGCACAUCCGUUUGAUUGCUUAAUCUGUUUUGUUACCCUUGCUAUCCUUGCCUCCUAUGGAUAAAAGGAAGAAGAAACCUAGUUGAAGUAAGGAAAACAGGUUCAUAAGGUUUUCGAGUCGAAUCUUUGAUAUGGAAAAGUCGUAUCACCGCUCCGCAACCUGAACCACGGCACUUCCAAUCCUCUUUAUAUCACGAUUCAUUAUGCAAAUAAAGCUUUUCCUUGCCACUUGGAUUCUGGCACUUUGAAAGAAAUACGAACACUUCCACUACUGCUCUGGAAAGAAGAAAUCCGUCUUGUUGCGAGGAAUUCUUUGCAAUGGGGAAGGCUAACACUUCUUGCUUACUCACUCACGUUAUUCACUCAGAAAAAGUAAAGUAGUAGCACCACAAAUAAACUCAUCUAUCCCAGGUAGCCCCUAAACCUGAUAUGAUACGAUGGGGAACUGGGAAAUUACAGAGAGUGGUGGGUCCCGCCGCGCAACGGAUGAAUCAAAGCGAGAUCAGAUUCCUCUUGAUGAGGGCCGAUGUGACUUCCUUAAAUUCUUUCCUGAGCUCAACAAAAAAUGGAGGGGUUGGGGCUUUGGCUCCAGGCCCAAACUCUAUCUUGUGGUAGACUGCCCUCCUAGGGAGCGCUUGGGCAACUAACUUGUGGGGCAUGACAUUCGGAAUUUCCCGAGAAAAAAAGUCUUAUGUGUAUUGGAUCCGUCUGCUGGUUUCAGGGAUGGGAGUCCACCACUCUUGUCCAGUAAUGGUAGGGAUUCGCAGAAGAACCUCUGGAUCGAAGCAAUGCGGGCCUGUCUGUCUGUAUGUAAUCUACUUCUGAAUGAGGGAAUCCACUUUUGCUACUAGGGAAUCAGACUAAUAGCCUGCGCCUGUUGGCAGUAGUACUUGAACUAUACUUGACUCGGCAAAUAAUAUUGCUAUAUCGAGGGACUCAAUCCAGAGGACAUUUCCAAUAAGCUACUCUGGACUGGCAGCUUUCAGAGAUUGAUCUACGUAUUCCUAUUCGACUUGUGGUUCCCGAAUCAAUAGCGGACUUCCGUCAAUCCAUCAAGCAAACAACGUUCACUGAUACGAGACGGCACCAUUUACUAGAUUUGCACCACGCCCUAUUCAUGAUCUCUUCCCUGGUCAGUAGUAGGGUUGCCGGUGCCCAGGAAUAAUGCUUGUUAUUAUUAAGCCGAAAAGUAACGUAUUAAAAACAAAGUGAACAAAGUGUACCGUGCCAACGGAGACUGACCGAACUUCUACGCUAUGCCCCGACCCUGCUGAUAGAUAAACUAUUCAUCUGGUUGAGCCAGGCUGGCCCUAUUUAUUCCAAUGGAGACUAGACUAGCGUUAGCUGAAAGAUAGGAUUUCAAAGAUAGGUGUUCCCCAUGAUAGCAGUACCUUUCUCCCUUUCGUGGUGGAAUGGACCGCGAGUAAACUGAGCCUUCCGUACACAGUGAGACGGCCUUUUCGAGACAAGUCAGAAAGCUCUUAAGUCCAGUAAGCUAAGCAAAGCUUUCCGUUGGACUAGCAAUAUCGGAUGAAGGAAGCAGCGGUGAACGGAGUCAAGCUAUUGGCUGGUUCUAGCCCACACGAGAUGUAGGUCCUGAUUCCCUGAACCGGAAGAUAAUGAGCAUCGCGGUAAGAGAGAGUCUACUCGACUUGAGAAUCGUUGAUAGACAAAUCAUGCCCGGCAAAGGAAUAGGACUAGUGGAAGUACCCGAUCUCAUAGUGGACUCGCAAUCACCUCCUAAUGGUAUUAUCACCAGGGCUG